AUGGGAAGGAGGCCAUGCUGUGCCGAAGAAGGUCUAAACAGGGGAGCAUGGACUGCUUGGGAAGAUAAAAUCCUUAUCAACUUCGUUAAAGUCCAUGGUGAAGGGAAAUGGAGAGACCUGCCUCAAAGAGCUGGGUUGUUGCGAUGUGGGAAGAGUUGUCGGUUUCGAUGGUUCAAUUACCUAAGGCCAGAUAUCAAGAGAGGCAACUUUUCUCUGGAGGAAGAAGAACUCAUUAUCAGACUACAUAAGCUCCUUGGUAACAGGUCGUCAAUGAUCGCUGGGAGAUUACCGGGGCGAACAGAUAAUGAAAUAAAGAAUUAUUGGAACACUCCCAAUCAAGCUUCUUCCCAAACCCCACCUAGGGUUUCUUCCUCAUCCCCGCCAGAGUCCUCCGCUAGAAAAACCGUUCCUUUCCUCGAAGGCUUCAACUAG